UGCAUUGUCUAUAGGAUGGCUUUAAAUUAUGUUAUGCAAUGUGGGAAUUUUCAUCCAAAAAUUGAAACUAAUCUAUUAAAUAGUGAAGAAGAAUCUAAUAUUGAUAAUGCAAGUGUUAUAAGUGUAGCAUCAGAUUCUCGAUAUGGUAGUGAUGAUGGAACAUGGGGUGAGCCAGAAAUUGAAGAAAGUCCUAUAUAUGAUGACUUUGAAGAGAAACUGAAAGAAGCAAUAGAUGGUACUAAUCAAAAAAGUGCUAAAGGCAGACAGGUGUGCCUAGAAGCUGUUAGAAAAGCAUUAUCUACAAGAUAUAUGUGUGAUUUUAUUGUAGAAAGGAAAAUCACAGUUUGUGACAUGCUUGAGAGAAGCUUAAAACGAGGAAAGGGAGAUGAACAAGGUAGUGCUGCUCUUUUAACAGCUAGCAUUUGUAUCCAAUUAGGAGUUGGAAGUGAUAGUGAAGAAAUAUUUUUGGAAUUACAACCUUACCUUGUUAAAGUAUUGCUUGAUCCUACAGCACUUCCUGAAACACGCCAGAAAUGUGCCACUGCUUUGGGUGUCUGCUGUUUUAUUACUGAUGUUGGAGGAGAUAUUGUUUUUACUUUCAGUCAUUUAAAACGAUUGCCUGAAUUACUAGAAAGUUCAGACUUAGAAUUAAGAAUAGCUGCUGGAGAAUGUAUUGCUAUAUUUUAUGAAUUAAUAAGAGAAUAUAAAAAUGAUUAUGAAGGUGAAAAUAUAACUGAUUUGUGUAAUAAGCUUCAUGAUUUAGCUACAGACUGUCAUAAAUCUAGGGCUAAAAAGGACCGUAGACAGCAACGUUCCAGUUUUCGAGAUAUAUUGAAAGCAGUUGAGAAUGGUGAAACUCCAGAUAUAAGAAUAAAAUUUGGAAGAGAAACAUUAUAUAUUGAUAGUUGGUGUAGGAAACAUCAAUAUGAUGCCUUUUGUCAAUUAUUGGGAUCCGGCAUGAAUCUUCAUCUUUCUGUUAAUGAAUUGAUGCGUGAUAUUUUUGAACUGGGACCACUUAUAGAUACUGGGCUUACACCAAAAAUUAGUAAAAUGGAACGAAAUGUUGCAAAUGCAGCUGCAUGCAAAGCUAGAACAAGGACUCGUGGAAAAUUAAGAGAUAAAAGAGCUGAUGUUAUACGUUGAUGAUAAUUUAGAUAAAUUAAGAUGAAUAAUUAACUUUGUUAUAAUAGAUUGGUUUUAACUUUUGCAGUUAUGACAAUUUUUCAUUAUUUUAAUGUUUACAAUUUCUUGAUAAAUUUAAUAUACUGUUGAAAAAUACAUCGACAGUGCAAUAUAAUGAUUAUAAAAUUGUAAAAAGUAUUUAAAGAUUCUUAUAUAGACAUUUUUUGAAGUCUUAUUACAGAAUAUGUGAUUAAUUAUAAAUAAUUAAAAUAAAUAUGAUUGUUUUUAUUUUUUUAAAUCAGUCCAUAUUUACAUUGUAAUGACAACUUGUUUAAUAGGCUAAAUGUAAUAAUGUUUAAAAUUAUAAAAUUAUUUUCUCACUGCACUGUCAAUGCCACAAAAUGGUGUUAUAUUCUUAUGUAUAUUUAAGAAAAUGUGAUUCCAACUUAUAAUAAACUUAUGUAAUUAAAUUUGUAAAUUUGGUAUAUUUUGAAAUUGAUAACGGAUAAAAAUUGUGCUUCCUAAUUUUUAUGUAUCAUAUAAAUUUAAAUAAUUAUAUUGUAUGUAUUUUAAGUUAUGAGAAAUUUAAUAGGUAAAAGAAAUUGUAUUUAUUU